GCGGGGGGCAGGUGGAAGGGGAGGCCCGGCCGGGCACCCAAGAUGGAGGCAGCGACCACGGACGGCGCGGCCCGAGCGGGUCCGCGCCGGCCCAGGAUGGAUCAGGCCUGCGAGCUGCCCAGGAGAAGCUGCCUGCCCCCGUUCCCCGGCCCGCCCGACCUAGACGGCCCCGGAGAGGAGGAGGAGGAGGAGGAGGAGGAGGAGGACCCCCCGUUCGCUAACGGCCCGCCCGGCCUCCCCGAGCUGCCCAAUGGGUACGCCGUGCAGCUGCCCAGCGGACUCCACGGCGGCCCGGCCAAGAGCGCCUUCGGACAAGACCCCUCGUCCUGCUACAUCCCGCUGCGCCGGCUGCAGGACCUGGCCUCCAUGAUCAACGCCGAGUACCUCAACGGCUCCGCCGACGGGCCCCCCGUCCCCCGGGACGGCGACGGCCAGCCGGACCUCCUGGCGGCCCUGGGCGCCGGGGGCCCCGCGGACCGAGCCCCCGAGCCCGAGGGGAGACGGGCCGACGGCGACGCCAGGAACGGGACCCUCCCCGCGGACGGCCCCGGGGACCCCGGCGGGGACCCCGGCGGGGACCGGGCCGGAGGAGGGGCCCGGGCCCGCAGAGAUGGGCCCGGGGAAGCGGGGGUCCCGGCCCCGCCCGCCCAGCGGCCCCACGGCGGGCCGACGGCCAGAGCGGACCCCGGGCCCGACGGGGCGGACCGGCGCCCGGCGCCCCGCUCCCUCAAACAGACGGAUUCUCCGGCCGCAGAGCCGCUCAACACCCUCCUCGGUUUAUCAUUUCAGGACGAUCCCGAAUCCAGCUCCAGCACCUUAGGAAACGUGCUAGAACUGCCAGGCAUCUCCUCCUCCUCCUCUACGCCAGAAUUGCAAUUUUGUCGGUCGAAGAAAAAGCCCAUUCCACCGAAAUAUGAAGUCGGAGAUAUCGUCUGGGCAAAAUUCAACCGGCGGACGUGGUGGCCCAGCAGAAUCUGUUGCGACCCCAUCCUCAGCACUCACUCCAAAAUGAAAGCUUCCACCCGGAGACCUUAUCGCCAGUACUACGUGGAGGCCUUGGGCGAAACGUCCGAGCGGGCGUGGGUGGCCGGAAAAGCCAUCGUGUUCUUCGAAGGCCGGCAUCAGUUCGAAGAGCUGCCCGUCCUCCGGAGGAGAGGCAAGCAGAAGGAGAAAGGCUACAGGCACAAGGUCCCGAAGAAGACCUUGAUGAAAUGGGAAGCCAGCGUCCAGCUGGCCGAACAGGGCCUGCCCAAGGCCACGCACGACGGACAGGGCGGGCCCGACCCCGGGGCCAAGGCGGACGGUGAGGACCUGCCCCCCAAGGCCCGCCCCGAAGGGCCCCGGCCGGAGUCGGAGCCGGAGCGCGUGCUGAACGGCUGCCUGCAGACCCUGACCCUCGGCCCCCCGUCCGCCGUGGGUGACCGGGUCAAGCCCCCCAGGAGGCCCCGCCCCGGGAAGGGCCCCGAGAGCCGCAAGAGAGCCGGUCCGAAAAAGAGCCGUCUGCCGCCGGGUGGGGCCCGCCGAGAGGAGGGCCGGACAGAGGAGCAGCGGGACGGAGGCGGCCUGAGCUUUGGAGCUGGGCCCGGGGCCGGGGCGGAGAAGCAGGCCUCCCGGGAGCUGUGCCGCAUCGCCAGCAGCCUGACCUUGGCCGGCGGCCCCGCCGUCCAGACCUACCUGUUCUCUUCCUUCGGGAAAACCGCCCCGAAGGGUGAGCCCAGGGGUCCGAGCGGCGGGGCCCCGGCGGGGCUGGGCAUGGGCGGGCCCCCGCCGGAGAACUCCCGGGGGGCUCCGCGGGGCCGCCGCGCCGGGGACGACUCGGCCAGCUCCCGGACGGCCUCCGAGGACGAGAGCAGCGGCCCGGACCCUGGCGGGUCGGACGAGGACGGCGAUGGCGGCCCGCCCCCACGGAGGCCCGGCAAGAGAGGGGACGCCCCGAGGUGGCCCGGGCCCCCCUCCAAGAACGCCCGCAUCCGGGCACGCAAGAAGCCCCCCGACGCCUCAGACGAGGACUCCCCGGCCCGCCCGCGGGCCAAGCCCUCCAAGCAGCUCAAGGCCCGGACCCCGAAAUGCAAACCAGCGGGGGCGCGGCCCCCGGACGAGGACCGUGGCGGGAGGGGCUCGCCGAGCACCCUCCCGGGCCCGGGCGACGGCCCCAAGCCGCUCAGCCCCGGGCACGAGAAGGCGCGCGACUCUUCGGAGAUCGAGACGGCCGUGGUGAAGCACGUGCUCUCGGAGCUGAAGGAGCUGUCCUACCGGUCCGGGGGCCAGGACCCCACCGCCCCGGGACCCCACCCGAAAGCCCCCAAGCCCCUGCUGUUCGCCUCGGCCCCCGGCCAGGGCCGCCCACCCCUGGAGCCGGACUACAAGUUCAGCACCUUGCUGAUGAUGCUUAAGGACAUGCACGACAGCAAGACCAAGGAGCAGCAGCUGCUGGCCGCUCAGACCGCCCGCUCAUUCCGCGGGCCCGGCCUGGCCGAGGCCCCCACCUUCAAGCCGGACCGUAACGGGGAGGGCCGCGGUGGCCCGGGUCCGGCGGGCGAGGCCCCGGCCGGCAGGAGGGAGCCCGGCGGGGCGGGCCGAGCCGGGGCCAACUGUGUGGCCAGGCGCCCCUGCGCCCGGUCGAAGCUGCCCUGCAAGGCAUCAGAGGGCAAGCCGGACAGGCGGGCCAAGGCGGGGCGGGGGCCCGGCUUGGACCCUGGGGCGGGACCGGACGCCCGGGGUGCUGGCAGGGGGCCGGCAGGCCCCGAUAAGAGGGUGCCCCCGGCCCCGGCCGACCGCGGGUCCUUCCCCGGCCACAGGCCCGAGGCCGGGGGGAAGCGGCCGGGGGCCGAGCGGGAGGCAGAGUACCGCCGCGCCUCCCCGGAGAACGGGGAGGGCCCGGAGCUGGACUUGGAGAUGACCAGCGAGAGCUCCCUGAGCGACGGCUCGGCCGACGCCAACCCCGUGGCCCCCAAGAAGCGCUGGCAGCGUUUCAACCAGGGCGGGGCCGAGGUGGGCAAGCGGCCCGGGCCCGGAGAGCCCCUCGGCGGCCUCUUCGGGGGCCUGCUCCCCUGUGACUUCCUCCGGGGACCGCUCACCCCAUCGGGGGCGCCGGAGGAGGAAGAGGAGGAGGAGGAGGCCCGGGCGGCGGGUGGCGAGCCCGGGCCCCGGACGGAUGGAGGCAAGAAGCUGAACGGUGGCCGCGGCGACGAAGGGAAGCACGGAAGCUUGCUGCUCUCCACCCCGACCCCCCAGGCUGAGCCGUCGGGGCAAGUUGCACUCUCGGAGAAGAAACGUCUCAGGAAACCCAGCAAGUGGCUCUUGGAAUACACAGAAGAAUACGAUCAGAUAUUUGCCCCCAAGAAGAAACAGAAGAAGAAUCAGGAACACUUGCACAAACUGAAAUCCCUCGAAAAGACGGAAGUUAAGGUGGAGGAGGGCACUUCGGCGACAACCCAUUGCCGACCCAGCUCUGAUGUCCAGCGGCGGCAGCAGCAAGCAGCGGAGCACCCCCCGGUCCUGGAACGCGAAGCACCAUUUCUGGAAGGCCCCUUGGCCCAGAACGAGGUUGGGGGUGGGCACGCCGAGCUGCCCGAGCUGACCCUGUCGGUGCCUGUGGCGCCCGGGGCCGCCGUCCCCCCCUGGCCCUCGCUGGAACCCGAGGGCCCCUUACUGAAAACAGGGAACUAUGGGAGCAAACGUCAGAGGAAGCCAACGAAAAAACUCCUUGAAUCCAACGAUUUGGACCCCGGAUUUAUGCCAAAGAAAGGAAACCUGAUUCCUUCCAAAAAGUGCUAUGACGCUGGCCCCUUGGAAAAGGAGCGUUCUGAAUCUUGUCCCACAUCCCACUCUUUGGAGCUUGGUGAAGGGCCAGCCAAGCUCUUUGAGAAACCGAGGAAACGGAAGCGGCAGGGGCACCCUCUAGCCACAGUGCAAUGUAAGAAAGAGAAAAACGAGGACACGUCAAGGGAGACUCAAAACUCCGAGGGCGAGCUCCCUGCACACAGGAUGGCAACCAGCCCCAAGGAGCCCCUAGAGGAGGGGGUGGAGCCCGACCACGGGCUGCCAGCCUCCAAAAAGAUGCAGGCGGAGCGAGGAGGAGGAGCGGCCCUCAAGGAGAACGUCUGUCAGAUCUGCGAGAAACUGGGCGAGCUGCUUCUGUGUGAGGCCCAGUGCUGUGGAGCUUUCCACCUGCAGUGCAUCGGACUGACGGAGAUGCCCCAAGGCAAAUUCAUCUGCAACGAAUGUAGCACAGGAGUCCACACGUGUUUUGUCUGCAAAGGCAGCGGGGAGAACGUGAAACGGUGCUUGUUGCCAUUGUGUGGCAAAUAUUACCAUGAAGCGUGCGCCCAGAAGUACCCUCCCACUGUCCAGCAGAACAAGGGCUUCCGCUGCUCCCUUCACAUCUGCAUGACCUGCCACGCCGCCAACCCAACCAACCACUCGGCUUCCAAAGGCCGCCUGAUGCGCUGUGUCCGCUGCCCGGUGGCCUACCACGCCAACGAUUUCUGCCUGGCCGCGGGGACCGUGGUCCUGGCCUCCAACAGCAUCAUCUGUCCCAACCACUUCACCCCGCGCCGGGGCUGCCGGAACCACGAGCACGUCAAUGUCAGCUGGUGCUUCGUCUGCUCGGAAGGUGGCAGCCUCCUGUGCUGUGAGUCCUGCCCUGCCGCCUUCCACCGCGAGUGCCUGAGCAUCGACAUGCCCGAGGGAAACUGGUACUGCAACGACUGCAAGGCGGGCAAGAAGCCGCACUACAAGGAGGUCGUCUGGGUGAAAGUGGGGCGCUACCGGUGGUGGCCAGCCGAGGUCUGUCACCCGCGGACCAUCCCCGUCAACAUCCAGAAGAUGAAGCACGAUAUCGGAGAGUUCCCGGUCCUGUUCUUCGGCUCCAACGACUACCUGUGGACCCACCAGGCCCGCGUCUUCCCCUACAUGGAGGGGGACGUCAGCAGCAAGGACAAGAUGGGAAAGGGAGUGGACGGGACCUACAAGAAAGCUCUCCAAGAAGCGGCCCUGAGGUUCGAGGAGCUGAAAGCCCAGAAGGAGCUGAGGCAGCUCCAGGAAGACCGCAAGAACGACAAGAAGCCCCCGCCGUACAAGCACAUCAAGGUGAACCGGCCCGUGGGCCGGGUGCAGAUCUUCACCGCGGACCUGGCCGAGAUCCCCCGCUGCAACUGCAAGGCCUCGGACGAGAACCCGUGCGGCGUGGACUCCGAGUGCAUCAACCGCAUGCUGCUCUACGAGUGCCACCCCGCCGUCUGCCCCGCCGGAGAGCGCUGCCAGAACCAGUGCUUCUCCAAGCGCCAGUACCCGCACGUGGAGAUCUUCCGCACCCUGCAGCGCGGCUGGGGCCUGCAGACCAAGACCGACAUCAAGAAGGGGGAGUUCGUGAACGAGUACGUCGGCGAGCUGAUCGACGAGGAGGAAUGCCGGGCCCGCAUCCGCUACGCCCAGGAGCACGACAUCACCAACUUCUACAUGCUCACCCUGGACAAGGACCGGAUCAUCGACGCCGGCCCGAAAGGCAAUUAUGCCCGGUUCAUGAAUCACUGCUGCCAGCCCAACUGCGAGACCCAGAAGUGGUCCGUCAACGGGGACACGCGAGUCGGCCUCUUUGCCCUGAGCGACAUCAAAGCGGGGACCGAGCUGACGUUCAACUACAACCUGGAGUGUCUGGGCAAUGGGAAGACAGUGUGCAAAUGCGGCGCCCCCAACUGCAGCGGCUUCCUCGGCGUCCGGCCAAAGAAUCAACCCAUUGUGACCGAGGAGAAGUCCAAGAAGCUGAAGCGGCGACACCAGGCGAAGCGGCGGCCCCAGGGGGAGGUGACCAAGGAGCGGGAGGACGAGUGCUUCAGCUGCGGGGACGCUGGCCAGCUCGUGUCCUGCAAGAAGCCGGGCUGCCCCAAGGUCUACCACGCCGACUGCCUCAAUCUGACCAAACGGCCCGCAGGGAAAUGGGAGUGCCCCUGGCACCAGUGCGACGUGUGCGGCAAGGAGGCGGCGUCGUUCUGUGAGAUGUGUCCCAGCUCCUUCUGCAAGCAGCACCGCGAGGGCACGCUCUUCAUCUCCAAGCUGGACGGGCGCCUGUCCUGCACGGAGCACGACCCCUGCGGGCCCAACCCCCUGGAGCCCGGCGAGAUCCGCGAGUACGUGCCUCCCCCCGGGCCCCUCCCGCCCGGGGCCGCCGACCAGAGACCGCAGCCGCCCGACCGGCCGGGAGAGGCCGGGCCCCCCGACGGGGCAGACCAGGGGCCCCCGCCCCCGCCGGACAGAGCGCCCGUCGCCACGGACCCCGGCCCGCGGCCGCCCGGCCGGACCCCGGGCCCGCCGCCGGACAGGCCCCCCGCCUCCUCGCUGGCCCAGAGGCUGCCCGGCGACAAGGUGCUGUCGGCCGCGGUCCAGACCCUCGUUUCGAAAGAGAAAGCACUAAGGCCCCUGGACCAGAACAGCCGGCCCAGGGAGAGGGCGGCCCCGCCCCCGACGGAACCCACCCCGCGCCACAAGGAGCACCGGGCCGCCGAGCCCCCCCCGGCCCCCGGCCCCCCAGCAGGAGGACCAGGUGGAGGAGGAGGAGGAGGGGCCGCCGCCGGCCCCCUCCGACCGCCCGUGGCCUCCCGCCGGGCCCCCAGGGACCGAGCCCCUCGCGGAGCAGGAGGCCGACCCCGCCGACGGUCCGGCCGAGCCCGGCCGCCGCCCGGCCGUCCCACUGACUGCAGCGGCGGGGCGGGGGGCGCCGGGGCCGGCGCUCUGGGCCCCGGGCAAGCCGGGCCCCGGGCCCGCCGGGCCCGUCCAGACGUUGGCGCAGACUUGGCGGCCGGGCGGGAGCCCGCAGACGUUGGCACAGACUUGCCGGUCCCCCGCAAGAGGGCCGGCCCCCGCGGGGCAGAACGCUUUGUGUGAACAGAACGCGGGGCUGGCGCUCGGCCAGGACCCCUCCGGCCUCGAGCCCCCAGCGCCCGCGCAGAAGUGAAGGCGGCCCCGGAACCCCCGCCGGGGGAGGAGGAGCAGGAGCAGGAGAGCCUUUUCUUUGUCCUUAUAUUUUCUUCUUUUUUAUUUUGGAGAAC